CAACCCACUAGGCCACAUGUUUCUAAUUAAUAUAAUAUUCUCUUUCUACUCAUCAAAUUUCUCUUACACCAGAAACAUUUCUUCACAUUUUCAGUUUUUGGAAGUUGUGAGUUUCUUGAUGUAUGGCAAAAUAUGUUGUGUUGGCUUGAAUAAUGUUUUUCUUUGAAGAAAAGAAACUAUAAGUUGGCUAUGGUUUUUACUUUUCAAGGAAGUAGAUAUAGGGCAAAGGAUACUAAGCUUUUGAAUGAGAUUCAAGAGAUACCUUCAGAAAGAUUUUGAUGAAUAAUGAACUCUUGAGUUUGGCAACAAAGGUCUUUGUAAUGGCAAUUAUCCUAUCUGUCACACUUUUAUUUGGUGGAAUUUUGGUCUUGGUCUUAAUCCAUGUUUGUAUUGUUGGAAGGUCCUUUAGAAGAGGAUUCCCUAAUGGAAAUAUCGAUGAGAGAGGCAGCACUGGAAGCACAAGCAUGUCCAGGGAUGACUUAGAGAAGCUUCCUUGCUUUGAUUACAUAGCCAAAGAUGAGAGAAGUAGCCCUGUGGAUUGUGCAGUUUGCUUGGAGAACUUCAAGAUGGGUGAUAAGUGCAGAUUAUUGCCCAUAUGCAAGCACAGUUUUCAUGCUCAGUGUGUGGAUGCAUGGCUUUUGAAGACACCUAUUUGUCCACUUUGUAGAACCUGUGCUGACUUGAAGAAAGUCGGUUCAAUUUUAGGUGAAGAAAGUAGUCAUUUCAGUGAUCUUAGUGUUGACUUGAGAGGGAGCCAAACUACAGAAAGUAGUCACCUAAGUGAUAUUAGGAUUGAUUUGGGAGAGAGCUUGGCCAUAGAAAGUGACCAUUAUAGUACUACUAGCAUAGAACUUGGAGGGAGCCAGGCAGUGGAAAACACCCAUUUGAAUGAUGUUGGCAUUGAAUCACAAGAGAGCCAUGUAAAUAUGGUUGGGAGUCAGUUGAGUUCCAACCACUCUCCUUUGCCCCAGAUUGCCUUGGCAAACUGAUGUAUGAGAUUCCUAUAAUAGUUGAAGUGUAUAUUUCAUAAGGUUUAUUUGUUAAGCUAUGAUGAACAGACCAAGUUAUGCUA